GGAGAACGUCCCUAUUACGACGCGGCGACUCAUCCGCUGACAUCUGUCAGCUCGAUUGACGUCAACCGCGCCGGAAGUUCGAGUGGAGAAAUCAUUAUUGUUCGACCCUAGCAAGUAGACGCACACGUUUUGUAUUUCUGAAAAUAAACUUUUAAUUUGUUUGGUUGCGUACUACAGUUUCUACUUAUUCGAUAAUCCAACAUUGUGGCGACGAGGAAGAAGUUGUUGGAUUUAUCGCGAAAUCGGUCGAGUUACGCGCAAAAUCUGUUCCUGGACGAUUUUCUUGAAGGCGCUCAAUUUGGAGGUUAGCUGGCAUGUCGACUGAAAAUCGCGGAAACCACUCUGGGCACGGGAGAAAGCCCACAUUCGAGGAAAUGCUGUUUGAACUCCUACAACAGCAGCAGCGGAUGAUGGCCCAAGUGACGCAGCAGAUGACAACUUCGCAAGCGGCCACCCAGAAGUGCCUGAAGGAGCUGUCCCGGGACGACAUCGCACUGGACGCGCUUGCGAGCAACAUUGUCGAGUUCAACCACGAUCCGGAACAGGGGACAACGUUCGACACGUGGUUCUCCCGCUACUCGGACCUUUUCGACAAAGACGCCGCAAAGCUCGACGACGCCGCGAAAGUCCGACUUCUGAUGAGGAAACUCAACCCGGCAGCGCAUGAACGCUACACAAGUUUCAUCCUGCCAAAGAAGCCCAACGUGCUCUCCUUCAAGGAGACCGUCGAACAAUUGAUGUCCCUCUUCGGAUCUCCGGUGUCGGUGUUCCAUCGCAGGUACAAGUGUCUCCAAGUGACCAAGGAGGAUUCGGAGGACAUUCUCGCCUACUCGUGCCGCGUCAACAGAGCCUGUGUGGACUUCAAACUGUCCGCUCUGUCCGAAGAACAAUUUAAAUGCCUAAUCUUCGUCUGUGGAUUGCGGUCCUCGGGCGAUUCGGACAUGCGAAUGAGGCUCAUCACACGGCUGAACGAGGCGGCGGACAUCACCUUGACGAAGGUCGUCGAGGACUGCAGGAGCUUGGUCAGCCUCAAGCGAGACAACGUCCUGGUCGAAAAUCCGAAGCAGUCAGCGGUGCACGCUGUCAGGCACAACAACAAAACCUUCUCGCCGCCCAAGCAUCAGUCAGCGCCGGCGGGUGGAAGUAAACAAAGUGCUGGACAGCCACGUUCCCCAUGCUGGUCAUGCGGGGGCAUGCACUAUUCAUCGGAUUGCAACUUUAAGGAACACGUCUGCCGGGAUUGCGGCAAGAAGGGCCACAAAGAGGGCUACUGUAGCUGUUUUUCCGGAAAGCCUGCAGGGAAGAAAAAGUACGGCGCAAAGAAGACCAAAGCCACCAAGGUCGUCGCCGUGCACAACGUCAGCCGCGGAAGGAAGUACGCGGAGGUGCAGAUAAACAACGUUCCGGUUCGGCUACAAGUGGAUUCUGCGUCGGACAUUACAAUCAUCACCGACCAGAUGUGGAAGCAGAUCGGUAAGCCGAAAGCCGGCCCGCCGUCCUGUAAAGCAGUCACCGCAUCGGGGGAACCGCUGGGGCUCGCUUCGGAGUUCUGGUGUGACGUGACCAUCCAAGGCGUUUCAAAACGAGGGCUGUGUCGUGUCGCUGUUCCCGGAAUCAACUUGUUCGUGCUGGGCACGGACUGGAUGGACAACUUCGGUCUGUGGGAUGUACCCAUCAGCUCGUUCUGCAGCAAGGUGUGCUCUCAACCCCAGCACAGCCUCGAUGUCGGUCAGCUUCAAGCUAAGUACACCGACGUUUUCACCAGCAGAAUGGGACUCUGCACCAAGACCAAAGUCAAGCUCUCUCUUCGGGGCAACCCGAAACCUGUGUUCCGGCCGAAACGUCCCGUAGCCUACAGCAUGGAAGGUGCUGUCGAAGAGGAACUGCAGCGUCUCACCAACAUCGGCGUCCUCAAGCCGGUCGAGUUUUCGGACUGGGCCGCGCCAAUCGUCGUUGUGCGGAAGCCCAACGGGACCAUCCGCAUCUGCGCUGACUUUUCCACGGGGCUCAACAGCGUUUUGGAGUCAAACCAACAUCCACUACCACUACCAGAAGACAUCUUCGCAAGUAUGGCCGGAUGCAAGGUCUUUAGUCACAUCGACCUAUCCGAUGCCUACCUUCAAGUGGAAGUGGACCCAGAUUCCCAGAACCUUCUCACCAUCAACACCCACAAGGGGCUCUACCAGUAUACCCGCUUGACGCCCGGAAUCAAGUCAGCUCCCGGCGCCUACCAGCAGCUGAUGGACACGAUGCUGUGCGGACUCAGCUCAACUUGCGGUUAUCUGGAUGACAUCCUGGUCGCGGGCCGAACGCAGGAAGAGCACGACAGCAACCUUCACCGAGUGCUGAGCCGACUGCAGGAGUACGGUUUCACGGUGAGAAUCGAGAAGUGCAGCUUUUCGAUGCGUCAGAUCAAGUAUCUGGGCCAAAUCAUGGACGGCGACGGUAUUCGGCCAGAUCCAAACAAAACAUCCGCCGUUGCCUCCAUGCCCGCUCCGCACGAUGUUCCCUCACUCCGCUCGUAUCUCGGCGCCGUGAACUACUACUCCAAGUAUGUUCCGGAGAUGCGGAAGCUGCGAUACCCCAUGGACCAGCUGCUGAAGGCGGGGACAAAGUGGGACUGGAACGACGCAUGCCAAAAAUCCUUCGACCGGUUUAAGGAGCUGCUGCAAUCACCGUUGGUACUCACACACUACAACCCCAAGCUGGAACUGGUGGUAUCAGCGGACGCUUCAACGGUCGGCAUCGGUGCGAGGAUCGCGCAUCGGUUUCCAGACGGGGCAGUGAAGGCGAUCAGCCACGCAUCUCGGAGUUUGACCCCGGCUGAAUCAAACUACAGCCAAAUCGAGAAGGAGGGUCUCGCUCUGAUUUUCGCCGUCACGCGCUUCCAUCGCAUGUUGUUUGGCAGACACUUCCAGCUCGAGACGGAUCACAAGCCGUUGCUCUCGAUCUUCGGAUCCAAAAAAGGCAUACCCGUCUAUACUGCCAACAGACUCCAAAGCUUCGGCUACGCCGACGUGCUGUCCCGGCUAAUCAACACGCACAUCCGGCCGGACGAGGAAUACGUGAUCGCCGCUAUCCAGCUCGAGAACACCAUGCAGCACAUCGUCGACCGGUCUUUGGAAGGUCUACCGCUCACUUUCAAGGUGAUCAAGACCGGCACUGAAGCGGAUCCAGUUCUCAAGCAAGUCACGCGGUACGUACAGGAAGGCUGGCCAAACAGGAAGGCGGAUCUCGAGGACUCCCAGCUCCAGCAGUUCUACCUUCGCCGAGACGGACUGUCUGCAGUUUCCGGCUGUCUCACCUACGGUGAACGGCUGGUCAUCCCGUCGAAGUUCCACAAACGCGUCCUCCAACUGCUGCACAAGGGUCACCCUGGUGUCGAGAGGAUGAGGUCGAUCGCCCGAAACUACGCGUAUUGGCCUGGCAUCGACGAAAGCAUCGCGCAGCUUGUCCGCACCUGUACCGACUGCGCAUCGGUUGCCAAAACAAGCAACAAAACAACUCUGCAGUCUUGGCCGCUACCGGAGAAACCCUGGCAACGAGUGCAUAUCGAUUUCGCCGGACCAGUCGAUGGCUGGUUUUACCUGAUCCUGGUGGACGCUUUCAGCAAAUGGCCCGAGGUCGUCCCGACAAAGCGCAUCACAACUGCAGCGACUUUGGCCAUCCUCCAGGGAAUUUUCGCGCGAUUUGGUAUGCCGGAAACGCUGGUGAGUGACAACGGACGUCAGCUCGUCAGUGAGGAGUUCGAGCGGUACUGUGACAGCAACGGCAUCCUCCACUUGAAAACACCGCCGUUCCAUCCGCAGUCCAACGGGCUUGCGGAGCGUUUCGUGGAUACCUUCAAGAGGACGCUGAAGAAAAUCACAGCGGGGGGAGAAGCUCUCGCCCAGGCGAUCGACACGUUCCUGCUGUGUUACCGUUCCACGCCCUGUCGCAGUGCACCAGAAGGCAAAACACCGGCUGAAGUACUUUUGGGCAGACCACUCCGGACAUCGCUCGACCUGCUCAAGCCGCCCACUCCUUUCCACAAGAUCGAGAACAGCAAGCAGGAGAAACAGUUCAAUCAGCAACACGGUGCCAAGGCCCGACACUACCAACCAAAGGACCGGGUCUGGGCCAAAGUGUACAAAAACAACGAUUGGAGCUGGCAACCUGGUCAAGUGCUCGAGCGUGUUGGACGGGUCAUCUACAACGUCUGGCUGCCGACUAAGCAGAACCUGAUCCGAUCUCACUGUAACCAGAUGAAACAACGGUGUGAGUCGGACGACGAUGCUGCGGCGAAGCCGUCCCAGUCGGUGCAGAUUCCGCUCGACAUCCUGCUCGAGUCCUGGGGACUGGGAACACAGUCGGAGCCAACUGAAGCAGCUCUUGAUGCGCCCGCACCGGUCGCUGAGAUAGGUGCUCCCCCGGCACUGGUACUUCCACCAGGUGCCCUCGCACUGGUUCCACAACCAGGUGCACAACAAGCGAGGAACCCUCCUCGCACAAAACGCCGCCCUGAAAAUGCUACUCCACAGCAACAACCGGUUUCUACUCGUCACUCUUCAAGAUUUCGAAGAGCUCCGGUGAGGUACGAACCGUACCAGCUUUAUUGAGGGGGAGGUGUUGGGAGAACGUCCCUAUUACGACGCGGCGACUCAUCCGCUGACAUCUGUCAGCUCGAUUGACGUCAACCGCGCCGGAAGUUCGAGUGGAGAAAUCAUUAUUGUUCGACCCUAGCAAGUAGACGCACACGUUUUGUAUUUCUGAAAAUAAACUUUUAAUUUGUUUGGUUGCGUACUACAGUUUCUACUUAUUCGAUAAUCCAACACAA